GAAUGUUCCUGGCCGCGACAGGCCUCACCACUACCUCCAACGGCGCUGUGCGUCCUCCUUUAUUCUCUUCUGUUAGGCUGGAGCUAUUUAAUUCAGCCGAGGAAUCGGAAAGGUGUACGAAGGCGUACCACGGUAUUUUCGACUCGCUAUUAAUUCAAGAUUCGUGUCAUCGCCUCAAUACGUUUCAUUCCAUCCCUUCACCUUCGAGCUCUCGGCCUGCUGGUCUCUCUCUUUGAUGUCGAGACUCAUUUCCUCCCCAUUUCAUAAGCCCUCUCCUUUUGUAUUCCCCCGCACACUACCCGUGACCUCCCCAGAGACAAAUCCCGACUCAGCUGGGCCUUCAGGACAUAUGCCUGAACCUACAAUAUCUGUUGCGGGGGGAAUAGAAGCGUUUCAUUCGGAGAGUGAUAUCCUUUACGGUGGUACCGACACCAUGGGUACUCGCCUUCGUCGUGGUCCAUCACUUCCUUACCAUUCCUCAGGAAUCCGCGAAGCAAAAGAAAGGACAGUCCAAAGGAGCCUCAAAUCAUUCAUUAUCGUUGUUCCUCCGUCUAUUCUCUUACAAGAGCACGGGCAACUUGGCCACACCCUUUCCCUGGGUCCCCGUCAUCGCCUAACACAAGGGAUGUUGAUGCCGCUUUUUCCGACCAUGUACGGUCAAUUAGCAGCAAUCGCUCGGGAAUAUAAUUUUCCUAGUACAGCGGGUCUUUGCCUUUACUUUCACUAUUCAGAAAACGGUGUUACCUCUACACCAAGAAUCUCGGAUGACUCGUGGCAAAUGGUCUGGGGUCCCUUUCUCGAUGGCACCCAUCAACCGUCGCGACCACCUAUUUGCGGGAAGAUCGAUUUUGAUAUUGACUUGCGUUAUGCUCGGUGGUAUCAUGCAUGGGUGGCGUCUUCCCACCGAGAACAUAUAGAUGUCCCUAUGUCUGUUGUACCCUCUACGGCCCCUUCCGUUGCACAUUUUCGUACAGACAGUAGGAACACGGAUGUUGACCUCACACCUCACGAUGGUCACGGUGAAGGAUCCGCUGUUGCUCCACAAUCCACGGCACGUCAUAUUCCUAAAAAGCUCUCCCUUGUUGACCGCUUGGACUCAGUUUCUAUCCGAUCCUUCUCUCGGCCACCUUCUCGAGAGCGUUCAGGUUUGUUGCCUCCGGAACAGGUCGUACCGAGUCAGGUGCUCUCGCCCAUAUUCCAAGAGGACGAACCCAAAACGGCCAAACAAGAGUUACAGAAUCGCGUCAAUAAUUGGAGAGUCAGCGCGUCACUGACUGCCACCUCGCUGGUUUCUAAACAGGGACAAAUGAGCCUUGAGCCUGCCAAUAUUCCCAAUAGUGUCCCGUUAGACAACGUUCCUGAUUAUGAGGAUGGGGUGCUCAACCUUGAAGAUUUCGCGUGGUCUGUGUCCUCGCAAGGGCCUGGUGAGUAUGACGAAGCGAUAUCCAUAUUUUCUUUGCAUGGGACUCCAUCGGUGCAUCUCACUGGUCGUCUCCAGGGCUCGGUCUGUAUGACACCUUCUACAGUCACUUCAUUUGGUCCUUCAGAUUACACAUUACCUUCUCCCAUUCCUAGUUCAGAACGUGCGUUCACACCUGAUCUUGGAUAUCGCCUAUACGAAGACGUGCCUCUUACGCCCACGACUGCGACCAGCUGGGGUCCUCCUACCGAAUACCCGCCUUCAACAUACAGUACUAGGAGUGUGUUUUCUCUAGGCUUAGCCCAUCGGCUGACAUUCAGCAGACCCACGACUCCUACAACUGCCACGUCUUGGGGUCCCGCCUCAUGGCCUUCAUCACCUGUGGAAUCUGCUGAAAGCGACGCUGUCUCCAUCCAUCUUGGUGACCGUGGUUCCUUUAGUUGUCCUGUAACUCCAUCUACAGCGACGUCAUGGGGCGCUCCCCUUUCUUAUCCUCCAAGUCCCGCCAGCCCGUUCUAUGUUCGUACUCCGGACGCCGGUGAAAGAAUAUUCCAGGAAGGAACCCCCCGGAAACUACCGUGGGUCCAUAAUUGGCCUUACCGUGAUACUUCGGAGCCCUCCCAGGCAAGGGAUGAAGCCACUCCUUGGGCUCAUGGCUGGCCGUAUGUUACGGAGGCAUUGACUCACAUGUCCCCUUGGAUUUACGGUUGGCCCUAUCAAGGCACGCAGGAGGCAUCCCGUUCAGGUGUUUUAGAUUACGCAGGACCUUGGAAUCAUGGCUGGCCAUACAGGCAGAAGGCAGCAACAACUCGCAUGGUAAUUGAUAACUCGAAGCUUUCUGCCAGCAAAGAUAUGCAUGUCCACUUUGAAACACUUUCCACUAAGGAUGAUGCUUUUCAGCCUGGUGUUGAUCUCCGCCUCGGAUAUCCUUACUUUCAGUUGUACCCCACAGGUUAUCCAGAUAACGUGGAAUGCAUAUACCCGCAGGCGAUAGAAGGCUAUCUCACCAACUCUCAGCCCGGCUAUCCGUACAAUCUUUACCAGAUCUAUCCGGUCAUCCCCAAACAUGUUAUUUCUUCACACUUGGGACCUCAAAUUGGUAGAUCCCAUCCAGACCCUACGGUUUAUCCAGGAAACCUUGCCGAGAUCUAUCCACGGUCAGCACAAUGUUUUCCUCCGAGAUCGCUAGGAAUGCGGCAAACCAUCAAUGUCAGAGUCGUUCCAUCUUACCCUGUAUUCCAAUUAUACCACAAUGUGUAUCCAUGGAACCUUGAGGAAAUUUACCCUGUAUUGGUGAUACAAGGCGACGAUAUCAAAAGCGGCCAAAGUUAUCCGUUCUUUAACCUCUAUCCAGCAGUGUACCCUCAUUUCGACCUUUAUCCAUCCGUUUUGAAAAGUUUGGUCCCGCUGAAUGAUCUGUCUGGGGCUGAUCCCAUUGCUCCACCAUCAAUUUCGGUGGACGUGGAGGUUUGGUACCCAAUAAUGGUCAUCUACCGACCAGUCUAUCCUUUCCUUUCGGUAUAUGUUGAUCUGCCUGAGGACAUUCUGAAGUUGAAGACACCCCUGACCAUUGCACUGUGCGAAUAUGCUUAUCCAGACAUCAUAGUCUACCCGCCGUUGUUGGAUGUGAUUGAGUCGGAUGGUCAUCUCAAGGCCCCUCCCGUUGAUCUGGGCCUUCUAAAAUAUCCGUUUUUCGACCUUUAUCCUGCCACAUACCCGCACUUCGACAUAUAUCCUCCGAUACCUGGUCAGAUAGACUCAAAACAUGUCACGCUAGACGUUAUCGUCAACUAUCCGGUCUUUGACCUUUAUCCCGCCAUAUAUCCAUAUAUGAAUCUGUAUCCACCCGCGUCGGGGAAAAUGGAACAUGAACAUGAUAUUCACGGUCUCGUGAAUAUUAAUUAUCCAGUCCUCGAUCUCUAUCCGGUGGUUUAUCCCCAUUUCAGUCUGUAUCCACCCAUCUCGGGCCUGACCGUUGAAGAGUAUGGGAUUAGUAUGAGGCUUCACCCAAAGUAUCCGGAAUUCGAGCUUUAUCCUUCGGUUUAUCCGCACUUCUCUCUGUGGCCCGCUACCCAACCGUGGAUGCAAAGUAGGACUGUUACUCGAACAAGGAAGACUCACGCUCAACUGCAUGACUUGGUACUCUUGGAAGCUCCUCAGAUUACUGAGCUUCAUCAUGAAGUAUUAAGAACAGUAGCAGCCACAGGAAAGGUUGAGAAAUAUAAAGCUCAUUCUGAGCUUCAAGAACUAUUUUCCCAGCCUGCAGGUGUCGGCACAGCCAGUGAUAUUCCCAUAUCUACGGUGCAGGUACUCGAAAUGCGCACGGAAUCCCAAUCUUCGCAGCCACCAUGGAUAAGGUCAAGCUCUGUUUCGAGACGGCCUGUUAAGAUUGUUCCCUCACCUACGGAAGGUCUAUUGCCUCGUUCCAGCCAUAACUCCUUCGUUGCUGAACCUGCAGCCUCCCAACCACACCCCAAUCGUCCAUCUCAGAUAUCACCAACUGAAUCCCAGUCACACUCUUUUCCGCAGGUUGUCCAGUCACUCCACAGAUCUGCUUCGUCCUCGACAUCAGACUCGCAUGCACAUGCAUCUGAUAGGAGUAGUGCUCUACCACCAGUAAAUGAACGAACCACCAUCACUUCGCUGGCACGUUCUAGCUCACUAUCUGAUACUUCGAGAAGCAGAUACAAAACGACGGUUUCGACAACAUCUAAGUCCCCCACGCCUUUGCCACGAAAACGAGAUAGCUUGGUGCUGCAGAGAGUACGUGCUAUCAAUGCGAGUGAAGAUGACGAUAUUUCUGUACUGUCUCUGGCAAACAAGUUCCCGAUGCCUCCACGACCUCCCCUUGCUUCACGUCCACCGUUAUAGACUCGUAAUUUGAUAUGCUUUAUAUAUCUGAUAGACCCUAUCAU